AUGGAGCCAGUCCUCGUCCUGGUGCUCACUGUCUCCUGUCUGCUUCUCCUCUCACUCUGGAGACAGAGCUCUGGGAGAGGGAAGCUCCCUCCUGGCCCCACUCCUCUCCCAUUUAUUGGAAACAUCCUGCAGAUAGAUGUGAAGGACAUCAGCAAAUCUUUUACCAACUUCUCAAAAGUCUAUGGCCCUGUGUUCACUCUGUAUUUUGGCAAGAAGCCUUCUGUGGUGGUGCAUGGAUAUGAAGCAGUAAAGGAAGUUUUGGAUGACCUUGGAGAGGAGUUUUCAGGAAGGGGUAGCUUCCCAGUUGUCGAAAGAAUGAAUAAUGGCCUUGGAGUCAUUUUCAGUAAUGGAACAACGUGGAAGGAGCUCCGGCGCUUCUCACUUAUGACUUUGAGGAAUUUUGGGAUGGGGAAGAGGAGCAUCGAGGAUCGCAUUCAAGAGGAAGCGCAGUGCCUUGUAGAAGAGUUAAGAAAAACAAAUGGCUCACUCUCUGAUCCCACCUUCAUCCUGAGCUGUGCUCCCUCCAACGUGAUCUGCUCAGUUAUUUUCCACAAUCGUUUUGAUUAUAAAGACAAGAAUUUUCUUAACUUGAUGGAGAAAUUAAAUGAAAACUUUAAAAUUUUUAACUCCCCAUGGAUGCAGGUCUGCAAUGCUUUCCCUGUCUUACUUGAUUAUCUCCCAGGAAGUCACAAGAAAGCACUUAAAAAUUUUGCUGAAAUAAAAAGUUAUGUUUUGAAACGUGUGAAAGAACACCAUGAAACACUGGAUAUCGAUAAUCCUCGGGACUUCAUCGACUGUUUCCUGAUCAAAAUGGAACAGGAAAAGAACAAGCCACACUCUGAGUUUACUACUGAAAGCUUGCUGGCUACUGUGACUGAUUUGUUUGUAGCUGGAUCAGAAACCACAAGUACCACCCUGAGAUAUGGGCUCUUGCUCCUCCUGAAGCACACAGAGGUCACAGCAAAAGUCCAGGAAGAGAUUGAUCAUGUAAUUGGCAGACACAGGAGUCCCUGCAUGCAGGACAGGACCCGAAUGCCUUACACAGAUGCAACAGUGCAUGAGAUCCAGAGAUACGUUAACCUCAUCCCCAACAAUGUGCCCCAUGCAGCUACUUGUAAUGUUAGAUACAGAAAUUAUGUAAUUCCCAAGGGCACGGAUUUAAUAACAUCACUGACUUCUGUGCUAUACGAUGACAAAGAAUUUCCCAACGCAAAAAUAUUUGACCCUGGCCAUUUUCUGGAUGAGAAAGGAAACUUUAAGAAGAGUGACUACUUUAUGCCUUUCUCAACAGGAAAGCGGAUGUGCGUGGGAGAGGCCCUGGCUCGCAUGGAGCUGUUUCUGCUUCUGACCACCAUUGUGCAGAAUUUUAAUCUGAAAUCGUUGGUUGACACAAAGGAAAUUGACACUACACCAUUGGCCAGUACUUUUGGCCGCGUACCACCUUCAUACCAGCUGUGCUUCAUUCCUCGUUAA